GAAAUCUUCACAUUUGUCAAGCGAGCAACAUGGCGGAUUUCAACGCAAUUCUGGAGAAGACCAAGGCCUUCAGCAAGAAGCCCCCCACGGAGGUCUACCUGGAGUUCUACGGUCUGUACAAGCAGAUCCAUGAGGGCGACAUCUCCAUCGAGAAGCCCGCCGAUGCCGAGGGUGCCGCCAAGUACGAUGCCUGGCUGAGCCGCAAGGGUACCUCCGUGGACGACGCCAAGGCCGCCUACAUUGCCCUGUACGAGAAGUACAACCCCAUCUACGGAUAAAGUGUGAUUUAUAAAUGUCUGGCCCACCUCCCAAUAAAUCUUGACCACCUUUGAAUCUA